AUUUGGUCCGCGCAGGUUUUAUACUAGUUGUAAUAAUGACCAUACAUAAAAAAUCUAAAAAAAAAUCUAUCCGUAUAACUCACUUCUCAUCUCUCUGUCCAUUAUUGCUCACUUCUUCAAUAAAUUCGUUGCUCAUCCACUAAUACAAGAGAGUCCAAGCAAGCAAUAACCAAAAUUUUCACUACUUGAAGCUGCAAAAUAUAUAAGCUGUUGUUUGAUGUUCUUUGGCUUUAAUCACACUUCAGCAACGUCAGGAGGUUCCACUCAUUGAUUCUUCAAUGUCUGAAGUUGUUUCUGGUGUGGCAUCAACACUCUUGGCCAAUUUAGCAACAAAAUCAUUCCAAGAGAUUACUCUGGCAUGUGGUCUUAAAGAUGAUGUAAAAAAGUUUGAAAGUUCUUUGAGAACCAUCAAUGCAUAUCUCAUAGAUGCUGAGAACAAGCAAGCAAUAAACCGCAGUAUAGAUGAGUGGUUGAAGCAACUCAGAGAGGCAUUUGAUGAUGCUGGUGACAUAUUAGAUGAAAUAGAGUAUGAAGCAAAACUUAAUGAAGUGGUCAAAAUGUAUGGAAGCACUAGCACGGAGGUUCGCCGAUUCUUCUCAUACACAAGUAAUCCACUUGCAUUUCGCAUCAGGAUGGCCCACAAAAUCAAAGAUAUGAAACAGAAAAUGGAUGAAAAAAUAAGAGAAGGGAGAAAGUUGGGUAUAGUUGAACAUGUCAACACUCCAGCUAUGGAGCACAAUUUACCAUGGCGAGAAACUGCUUCUUCAUUGUCUUUCCGUGUGUGUGGUAGACGUGAAGAAAAAGAAAAGAUUAUAAAUUCAUUGAUGACACAAAAAUCACAAGCUAAUGGUAUUGAUGUGAUCUCAGUUGUUGGGAUUGGAGGUUUGGGAAAGACUACACUUGCACAGAUGGUUUACAAUGAUACCCAAGUGAAUGAGCAUUUCGAUACAUUAAUGUGGGUUUGUGUUUCUGAUGAUUUUGAUGUGAAGAAGCUAAUACAAAGAAUCAUUCAUGCGGCCUCAAAGAGAGAGAAUGUGGUGGAUGCAAAUUCUAGUUUGGAAUAUAUGAUAUCUCUUCUCAAUCAAACGUUACAUGGUAAGAAAUUCUUACUCGUGUUAGACGAUGUUUGGAAUGAAAACCACAACAAAUGGGAUGAAUUGAGAAAUCACUUGUUAGAAGUAGGUGGUGACAAAGGCAGCAAAAUUCUAGUGACCACUCGUAGUAGAAAAGUUGCUGACAUUGUGGGGAGUAAUCUUGUAAUGAAAUUAGAAGGACUUCCUGAGAAUGAAUGUUGGCGGCUCUUUGCAAAAUGUGCAUUCCAAGAAGAGAAGGACGAAGAGAAGUACCCAAGGCUAAAGCAAAUUGGGGAGCAAAUUGUUAAAAGAUGCAAAGGAGUACCCUUGGCUAUAACAACUUUGGGUUGCUUGCUUAGAUCAAAAUGCCAUGAUGAAAAUGAGUGGAGAAAAAUAAGGGAUAGUGAGGUGUGGAAUCUCGAUCAAGAAGAAACUGACAUUUUGCCAUCACUCAAAUUGAGUUACAAUCACUUGCCACCACAACUAAAGCAAUGUUUUUCAUACUGCUCUUGUUUUCCAAAAGAUUAUGAAUAUGUGGCUAUUGAGUUGAUUAUGUUGUGGAUGGCUCAUGGACUCCUCCAACCUACACGCGAAGAGGAAGAUGCAGAAGAUAUUGGAGAGUUAUAUAUUAAAAAGCUUGUUUCAACAUCUUUACUUCAAAUUGAUGAAGAAGAUUCUUUCUACUUUCCCAAGAUUCGAAAUUCGAUGGCAUUUAAAAAUCUCAAAAUGCAUGAUCUUGUACAUGAUCUUGCAAAAUUAACAAUGAAAGAGUCAAGCAGAACAAGAACCGUUGUGCAAGAGGGGCAACAAGAAGCAUCGAUAGAAUGGACCUCCGACAAGUUCAACUAUCUGAGAGUGUUGCACCUAACAAAAGAUACGGAAUUGAGCUCGUUUCCUGAUGAUUGCUUUGCCAGAAUGAAGAAGCACUUGAGAUAUCUCUAUCUUGGAAAUUGUGCUAGUUUGAAAAAGCUAACUGAUUCCAUUUGUAAGCUGCAAAGUUUGCAGAGUUUGCGCCUUUAUUGUGACAGCCUUGAAGAACUUCCCAAAAACAUGAACAAACUCAUCUAUCUACAAUAUUUGCUUUUGGCGGAUAUCAAAAUUACAAGUUUGUCUUCAAUGAAUAUAGGGCGCUUCCAACAACUCAAAUUCUUGUAUCUUUUCAAAUGUUCAAGGUUAGUGUACGUACCAAGUGCUGUUGGUCGCUUGACUACUUUAAAGAAGCUGGUCUUUCUUUUUUGUAAUAAGCUGGUGUAUUUUGAGGAUGAAGAGGAAGAAGGAAAGCAACAUGUGUUGGUAAAUAAUUUAAACCUUCAAUUAUUCUCAAUCACUGGAUCAAAUAACCUGGAUGCUUUACCAAAAUGGCUUGAAAGAGCUACUAAAUUGCAAUAUUUGAGUAUAAGCAUGUCAGGGAUAAAAUCAUUGCCCACAAGGUUGCCGAUGACCUCCCUUGAAGAACUUGAUAUCUAUUGGUGUAAAGAAUUGUCAUCUCUUCCCAACAUGGAUCAAACUCAUAAUCUUCAAUAUUUACAGAUAUCUUAUUGUCCCAAAUUAUAUGUAAGGUACAAUAAGGAGACAGGUUCAGAUUGGCCCAAAAUUGCUCAUAUUCCAUAUUGCAAGAUCUUGGCACCUCUGAUCUUACCUUUUGACUAUCUUGGGAGAUCAUGAGGAGGAGCUUUUGACCAUCUUGGGCCGCCUCGACGUUCAAGAGAACAUAAGAUGAGUAGACACCACAUCUAACUCAAAAUCUUAAGGUGUUAAGUUAAUGAGUCUCUCAUUUUAUAAACUCUUCACUCUUCCUUAUUUUCUUUAAUGUGAGACUAACUUCAUGCACUUCUCACACUUGCAACACUAACUGUCUUUAGCUACAACUACUUUAUAAAUGCUUUAAUUUGUGUGGUUCGAUUGCUUUUGUAUGUCCCAUUUUCUUUUAAAACUGAAAGAAAGCUAUGUAGCUGGUCACCUCAAACUUUUGGGUGUUGAGUUUAAAGUAGUUUGAAUAUGUCAAGGUUUUAAUUGUUCUACAUUUCUAUCUAUUUUAUUCAAUUUUUAA